AUGGAGGGAUAUGGGCUACAAGUUGAGACAUGGAAUUUUAGCGAAGGCUGGGUAUGGAAAGGGGCCUAUGGAUGGUGUCGGAGCGGUGUUAGACGCACAGCUGACCGCAAAGUCGCUCAAGUAAAGAAAGGCUUUUUUGAUUUCAUCAGUAGCGCAGGUUUUGUCGAUAAUCCAAGACCUAGUGCAGAGCCUCGGAAUUCGUUGAAUCAACAAGAUGUUCCAUGGCCUCCUAUACAUUACAACAAUGUUCUGGAGUCUGGAGCAAAUGAAAACGAUGAUUUGAGUUCUGAAACAGAUGCAAACUAUGUUCCGGAGUCUGAAGAGGAUGAAAACCAACCAUGCAACUCACAAGCCUUUGUUUUAAAAAAGAAGAAAUGUGAGUAG